AUGAGCCUUAGCCUGUCGGCACUGCUGCUCACACUACCACCCUCCUUGCGUGAUCUAAGAGUCGACUUUUGGUGGCACCUGCUGGUGCUUUGGGCUCAGGUCUUGGUGGCUGGAGGUCUCUCUUUGGGGCUCUGCUUCGUUGCCUGGUCAGACCAUGACGGUCUGCGAAUUGGGAUGGAGCAGUUUGCGUUUCUCUUGACGCUGCUGGCAGUCUAUGUAUUCGGUGUCCGGCAGCUGAGCGUCCAGUGCUGCGGGCGCCGCAAUGCGCAGUACGCGCGGCGACGCUCGACGAUGCUUUGGGGCGAUCGAGGCGUACCGUGGGAAGCUCCUCCUCGACUUGCUCCGCCUGUGAGCGAGCUACUUGAGGACAUUUUGGCCAAAGGCCUCGCACAAACGGGGACGGCCGUGGUGGAUGCGACGAGCACCUGCGACCGAAACCGGUGGAUGCGGCGAGUGGCACGCAGCGUGGAAGUUCUCGAGGUGGUGGCCAGGAUUCUGCUCUGGAUCCACAUGGCGGUCUUGGGGACCCGCUCGCUGUUGGAACAAGACACGAACUUCGGCCUUUGGGUGUUUCUGGCGGCGCUGCAGCUGCGGCAACUGCGCUUGAGCGCCUGCGAUGUGCCGCGAGCGGCCUUGGAUGCUGCACUGGCCGGACUGCUGCAAUACUUUCGCACCACCUUUGCCGAGUGGCCGCUGGCGGCACCUCGACGGAUCCGGUGCUCUGCCAGCGCCUGGUACUGCUUUGGGCGUACCUUCGAUAUGUUGUGCACCUCUGCUGGAUCACCUUGGAGGUGCCCAAGCUGCGGCAUCCUUUGA